UUUCUCGACGAAAGUAGUUGCUUCAGGGCCGACAGCGUCUUCCGGAUUCGCCCAUCGUAUUAGUCUUUUGAUUCAAGUAUGUAUAUAAACCUACAUCAGUCUUGUAAGUGCAUCAGUGUUCCUCCGUGCACCGACCAACACAGACCACUACACGAUGCUGAAGCUGGUGGUGUUGUUUUGCAUGAUGGCGGCGGCGUCCGCGGCGCUGCUGACGCCGUUCGCUCCGCUGGCGUACAGCGGCGCGGUGAUCGCGCCCUUGUACGGCAGCAACUACCGCGGCCCGCUGUCCCUGGCGCCCGGCCAGCCCGCCAACAUCCUCGCCGCGGACGGCAGGCCCCUCGACACCCUGGACGUCAACCUGGACCGCUCCGCGCACCUCACCGCCAAGGCCUUGGGCGGCGUGCACCUGCUCAAGAAGCGCUCCGCCCCGCUGAUCGCCCCUCUCGGAGGCAUCGCCUACGCCGGCGCCCCGCUCAUCCCCCACGUUGCGCCCCUCGCCUACUCCGCGCCCAUCAUCGCGCCAUACCACGCUCCUCUAACUUACACCGCUGGACACAUUGCUCGCUACUGGUAAAUUGUCACCUAGGGGUGGAAUCCACCGAUUCUGUGAUAUUCCUAUGUAAAUAAUAUUUGCAAAUAAAGGACUGACGCAUUAUGAAA